GAAUUCCACUUACAAUUCAACGGUUUCUGAUCAACCCGCUUAUUUCUACGCAAGAAUCUGUCUUUACAAACGAUACUGCACCUAAGUAUUAGUAUAAUGGUUAAUUCUACAUUUACACUACAUAAUCUUUGAGAAUUUCCCGAGACGCUGUAGCCAACAUCUCCGCUCAGUCCCGACGCGACUUCUCUGUAAACCUGUGCCACUGGGAAUUUACAGGAAUUUUAUAAGAAAACAUCCUAAGAAGUAUACGAUAUAUUGAACCAUGGGUCUGCCGCAGUUGGAAACGUGUUGUUUUGUGUUUGAUCUGAAGUCCGGGAACAUUAUCAUGGGCUGUUUGAAUGCGGUAUUUUCCUUCAUCAUUACGAUAAUGAUGAUAGUGGUAGCUGCUAGCAUCGCACCGAUACAAGAGGAGGCGUUUGAGGAGAGGGAUCUGGAGGCAGAGGCGGCUACAACAGGCCUUUACGUCAUGUCGAUUAUACUUGUGCUAAUGUUUCUGGCGAAGUUCUGCUUUGAUGCGUUAUUCGUGUAUGGAGUUGUCGUGGAAAGUGCGAAAAUAGUCCGCAGCUAUUUCUUCAUGUGGUCGGUGUUCUUCUUCCUGUCCAUGUUCACGUUCUUCCUAAAUGCGCCGCACUACGACGUCGGCACCAUCUGUCUAGAGGUCUUCUAUAUUUGUUUGAACGUCUACGCGAUUCUACUGAGCCACAGUUUCUACAAGCAGUUGAACAGCAGAGAAGAAGUUUAAAAUUAUCUCGUUUAUUUAUCUUCAAAAGUUGCUU